UGUUACUCUAAUUAACGCCCGUCCCUCAAACAGUGACCCAACCCAAUAAAAACUGAAAAAAGCUCUCCCUGUCUCCCUCUCUCUCUUCAUAUUGAGCUUCAGAUAUUAACGAGUGUGUACUUUAAUGUCUUACCACAGCUGGACGCUACCAGCUAGGACUAGCCCUCUACCUCCACAAGGGUCAGGCUGGGGUGCCAGUGGUGGUAGUGAUGAGCAGUUGUUCUAUUCCCUUGGGCCAGUUAAUGGCAUGAUAGGAGGUCAGCAGGUUCGCCCUGUGUUUGAGCGUUCCGGUCUCCCCUCCCCCCAGCUGGCCCAGAUAUGGAGCAGUGUGGAUCAGAAUAAUGAUGGAUUCAUUAAUCUCAAUGAAUUUGUUAUGGCCAUGAAUCUAAUCAGACAGGCACAAGCAUCAACAGCUACAUCCUCUUUAUCAGCAAUGAAUCUUCAAAGCCACGCCUCCACUCGGUCAUUAAGAAAAGAUGGUGCCCCGUAUCAAUCCAGUCCGUUGGUUAAUAAGUCGCCUAUGUUAGGGGCAGGUGGAGUCGGGAGGGGCGUGUCCAUGAGCUCGUUAAGUCAGACCAGUUGGACCAUGAGUCCCGAGUCCAGACGCCAGUAUAAUCUCAUGUUCAAUACAUGUGAUAAGAGUAGGAGUGGCUUUGUAUCAGCUGACGAAGCCAAGAGAGUUUUAACAAGAUCUAACCUGGACCAAGUGACGUUAAGAAAGAUAUGGGAUCUGUCUGAUGUUGAUAAAGAUGGUCGUCUCUCUUUGGAUGAGUUUUGUAUCGCCAUCUUUCUCCUGGACAGAGCAGAGAAAGGACUAACACCUCCACCCUCCCUCCCUCCUGAACUGAAACCAACCAAAGGAACUACCCCAGUCAUGGGACAGAGGGCUGGAGGAGGAACUGGAGUAGGGGGAGGAGCUACUUUUAGCAGUUUUGAGGACAAGAAAAAACAAAAUUUUGAUGAAGGAAGGAAUGAACUUGAGAGAAGGAGACGAUUAUUGAAGGAACAGGAAGACAAAGAAAAAGAGGAAAGAGAAAGGAAGAGGCAGGAGGAGGAAGAGAGAAAGAGACAAGAGAUACAAAAAGCUGAAGCACUGAGACAAGCUGAACUAGAGAAACAACGACAAAAGGCUCUGGAAAUGGAGCGAGCAAGAGAGAGAGCAAUGCAACAAGCAGCACUGCAGAGAGAAGCAGAACUGAAAGAAAUGGAGAGGAAGAGAAAAGAAGAAUGGAUGAAGAGAAGACAGGCUGAGCUGGAAGAAGAGUUGAGACACGAGAGAGGAGGGAUAGCCUCCUUGAGACAAUACCAGCAAGAGAUUGUUGAACAUUUGGGGAAGAUUGAGGUAGAGCGAAGGACACUGGGUAUCAGACUGAGUCAGGAGAGGGAGAGACAUACUGAUCUGGUGAGGAGUAUUGAUCAACUGAAGGAGACUAGGGCUAAUGAUAAUGCUCAACUGUUACAAAAAGCAGCGGAAAUGAAAUUUAUUCAAAAUGAGUACACUCAGUUAGAAGCCCAAAAGAGAAGUCACCAGCAGGCAUUGUUCAGUAUCUCCUCCUCCAGUCCUGAGAGGACAAGAGAUGCUCAGCUAAUGGAGCAUUACAAGAUCCUCUCCAAUAACCUAACCAACAUGAGGACUACUAGUGUCAAGGAGAGCUCCCUACUGGAGGAGAUGAGGACUGCAUUGAAUGAAAAGAAGAAUACUUUAAUAUCUCUUCAGUCUAACUGUAAAAAGGAAGAAGGGCUAGUUCAGUCCCUCCAAAGGAAGAAAGAAGACACAAGAAGACAAAUGGAGACCAUGAGACAGCAAGAAGAGGUGGACAGGAGAAGGAGAGUCAUUGAGGAGUCACAGAAAAGACAAAAAGCACUUGAACUUGAAAUAGCAAAACAAGAAGAAGCUAGCAAGAAAAGGAGAGAGAUAGAGAGACACCAGAAGAUGAUCGAGGAGAAGAUUGCCUUUGAUAAGGAGAGGAGGGCUAGUGAGGAGAAGGCCUCGUUGGAGCUGGCUAAGAGGCUGGAGGAAGAGGAGAGAGAGAGGAUACGAGAAGAAGAAAGGAAGAGAGAGGAGGAGAGAAGGAGGAGGGAAGAGGAGGAGGAAGAGAGAAGGAGGAGGGAGGAGGAGGAGAGGGAAAGGAGAGAAAAGGAAGAGAAGGAAAGAAGAGAAAAGGAAGAAAAAGCUUUGGAAGCACAGAGGAACGCUAAAACUUUAGAAGAUACAAAAAGAAAGGCUGACGAGGCUAUAAAGAAGCAAAAGGAAAUGUUAGCCAAGCAGGGUUCAUCCUCAGGGUUUAGUUUAUUCAAAUCAAAAUCAAAGACACCAGUGUCUCCCUCUAAAGAGGAUUCAAAGGCAAUGAAGAAGAAGGUUGCUGAGCUACAGCAGAGGAAGAAAGAGCUACAGAAACAAAAGCAAAAGGAGACCAGCAAGAACACCACCUCAACAUCAGCUGUUGAUGACCCUAAGGGAAUCAACAUUACUACUAAUGACAGUAAUAAAUCUUCAUCUGUAUCAACUAUACCCGAAGCCACACCCACCCAGCAACCAUCAACCACUGUAGUGUACGAGUCACUGGAGGAUGUGGUACGAGAGACCAAGGCAAUGUCAUCAUCAUCCUCCUCCUUCACUCCCAAUAAACCACCAGUACCGCCAAAACCAUCCCUACCGCCUAAACCGACUAAUUUAAGACACUCUAAACCAGACACUUUUGACUUUGAGACACAAGAAUCGUCACAGGCCCCGCCCCCAAUCCCACCUCCUAUUUCCAUGGCAACCACAGACACGCCUCCUCCAAUAUUACCCAAAGGCCUCCCAACUCCGGAAGAGCCCCAAUCUGAUAGUUAUAUUUAUGAGUUUCCGGAAUCGAUGCAGCCCUCUCAAACCGCACCUUGGGAUGAAACUCCGCCUCCAGUGGUCCCACCCAUUCCAACCACGCCUCGUGAGAAGACUCCGCCCCCAGUUGCACCUAAGCCACCUCCCAAAUCACCCGUUCAUGCCAUAGCCCCGCCCCCUGGUCUUGCUAGGCCACGCCCAUCUCCUUCUAAGCCAGUUCAAGAAACAGCAAGCCUUGUUAAGCAAGAGCCACUUUAUGACUUACCUCCUGACAGUGCUAAAAAACCACAACCAACUGAUAAACCUCAGAUACAACCAAAACCACAAAUACAAGCCAAGCCACGCCCACUUUCAACGAUUAACGAAGCCAUUUACGACUUGCCUCCCGACUCUGUUAAAAAGGUUCCAGAGAAGCCACGCCCACUUUCUGUAGCUGAGGAGGUUCUUUACGAUCUUCCCCCGCCCCCUCAAGACCUCAAUAUUAUAGCAUCCCCGGACCCGGUGGCUAGCUCUUAUUCCAACGUAUUCACUGCCGACUUUGAAAACUCGUUUGAGGACUCGUACCAAAACGUGGUCCCAUCAGAUCCCUGGAAGACCACACCCUCUCCGGACUCAAGCUCCGACGCCUUUUAUGGCAAUGUAACCACACCCCAAUUCACAGGUGGGGCAGGGGAUGUCCCUAAUACCCCUCUACCCUCUAUCACGUAUCGGGCUAAGUAUAGCUUCUCAGCUACUGAUAAAGAAGAGGUGUCAUUCACUCAGGGAGAUAUUGUCACUGGUUGUACUGAACACCAGUCGGCUCAGGAUGGGUGGGUGAGGGUGAGACAUGAGGGAGGGGAGGGGUGGGCACCGUUAGCGUACCUACAACCUAUUGAUGAUGGACCUGUCUCUCCUCCUCCUCCUCCUACUCCUCCUCCUAACACUGCUAGCAACAAUGACAAGGACAAUGUGGAGGUGAUGUAUGAUUGGGAUGGGACUCAACCAAACCAUCUCUCAAUACACAAAGGAGACAUCAUCACUGUGAAACAAAGAGGAGAGGGUUGGUGGAUGGGAGAGAAAGAUGGAAAGGUUGGUUGGUUCCCUGGUAAAUAUGUUCAGCCAGUCUCAAGCCCUGUAUCCAGUGACCCCGCCCCUUCAGACACACCUACUUCCGACACGUACAAAGCCAAUUACACAUUCAACAGCGAACAAGAUGGAGACCUUGCAUUUGCUGAGGGAGACAUCAUUAAAGUACUAAAGAAAGACGGUGAAUGGUGGCUAGGGGAAAUAGACGGAAGAAAAGGAUUAUUCCCAUCAACUUAUGUCUCUCCUCUCUCUGCUCCUGAUAGCCCAUCAUUGCAAUUACUGACGACAAAAGAGGCGGGGCUUUCUAGACUAGUAGGGCGUGUCACUGUCGGUUUUAUAGCUAUGGAAGAGAACCAGUUAGGACUGGUACCAGGUCAGUUGGUUCUGGUGAGACGACAGGAGCCUAACGGCUGGUGGGAGGGGCAACUGCAGAGUAGAGGAAUGCAGAGGAGGUGUGGCUGGUUUCCGGCCAAUCGGAUUGAACUAUUGACCUCUGGUACUGGAGGAGUGUCCUCACCCGUUCCUAAUGUCAAACCCAGUUCCUCCACUCCCUCGACUGGUGGUCUAGUCCUGGCACUGUACACCUAUGAGUCAGUGUCACAAGAUGAACUCUCAUUCCAUAAAGGAUCAGUGAUAUCAGUGAUUAAUAAGGAUGGUGAGGAUGACUGGUGGAAAGGUGAACUCAAUGGUAAAGUGGGUCUCUUUCCUAAGAAUUAUGUACAACCUCUCGAUCAUUUGAAAUCAUCCGAACACGCCUCACAAUGGUCAGAGAUGUUAGAAGCUGAUGUAUUGGCUAAGAUACCCUCAAAUCAGAAGAAGAGACAAGAGGCUAUAUUUGAACUGAUACACUCAGAGAAAGCUUAUGUACACAGUCUCAAUCUCGUUAAAGAGGUGUUCUUUAUUCCAAUGGAGAACUCGUCAGUAUUGUCACCCAGUGAGGUACAGCAGGUGGUCGUUAACUGGGAGGAGCUUAUUGAAUGUAACACACCUUUCUCUAAAGCAUUAUUCAUUAGGUUACGUACAUCAGGUGCAAUAAUAAGAUCAAUUGGUGAUGUACUCCAGGAGCACAUACCAAAACUAACUCCUCACAUUCGAUGGUGUUCAUGUCAACUAACAGCUUGUACAUUACUUCAGAGUAAAAGUCUGGAUCCUUCUUUUAGGGAGUAUGAGCAGGCUUGUCUCAAGGACCCUCGUACAAAGGGACUUCCCCUUUCCUCUUUCCUCCUUAAGCCAAUGCAACGUGUCACCAAGUACCCUCUACUAAUUGGAAAAAUAUUAGAGUAUACUCCUGAUACUGAUCCAGACUAUGAGUCAUUAUUGUUGGCAUUACAAGCAUCAGAGACAUUGUGUUCACAAGUUAAUGAUGGAGUGAGAGCUAAGGAAAACGCUGAAUCACUUGAGUGGCUUCAAUCUCAUGUACACGUGGCAUUAAAUGAGAAACUGAUCUUUAAUUCACAAACUAACUUCAUGGGCUCAAGGAAACUCCUCCAUUGGGGAAAAUUCACAAAAGUACGAGGAAACAAGGAGAUGGUUGGUUUCUUGUUUAACGAUUUCUUUUUGCUCGUGAGGCCCAAGAGUCUCUUUGUAACGGCAGCUCAAUUAGAACCUUUCACUGAUAACCAAGCUGAAACUGAUUCUGGAAGAGAUAAAUGGGUUAAGCAGAUAAUGGAAGCUUGUGUAGAGUAUGUAAGAAAACAGAAACAAAGUUCUAAACUAAUAAGAAGUGAUAGUCGUAGGAUGACAUUACGUAAGGUGGCUAGUGGCAAGUUAUUUGUGACAGUUGUUGAAGCUGCUGAUCUCAUUGCAUCAUCUGCUGAUGGUAAAAGUGAUCCAUUCUGUGUUAUAAGAGUUGGAGAUAAUCAAGAAUCAGCUACACCAGUUAUUAAAAACGAUUUAAAUCCUAAAUGGAAUUAUACGAUGCCAGAGUUUCUAAUAAGUGAUCCUAAUGAUACUGUAUUAGAGAUUACAGUGUUUGAUAGUGACCUCUUCUCACCUAAUGAUUUCUUAGGUUGUGCUAAGUUGUCAUUAAAGCAGUUAAGAGAUGAAGGAGGUAACAAUGGCCCAUGGACUAAAAGAUUGUUACUAGAAGAUGUACCUAAAGGAGAACUUGCAUUAAGAGUAACAUAUCAACCAAUGAGAAGGAAUAUUAGUGGAACACAUUAAUGAUUGAUUGAUUAAUGAAGAGACUGAGAGAAAGAGUGAUUUUUAUCUGUGAUUAUUAUUAUUAA